UUGUAAAAAAAGAUAUUUCAAACUAUAUGUAUAAAAAUCUGAUUGUCCUAUGUAACACACAGAAUUAAUCAUAUUUCCCACCGAGGCUCUUGGAUAGGAGUAUUAGAAGUUUGAAAAUCAAUAUGCUUCGUCAGCUGCUCUUUAUUACAUUGACUUUGGUUGUUAUCGCUCAAAUUGUACAAGGAGAUUCCGAUUGCGAAAACCAGAGGAAUAAAGUUCUUGGGGACUUGAAGAAAGGCAUGUUUGGCGAAUUCAUUCCCUCAUGUGAUGCUGAUGGCAACUACAAGAAGGCCCAGUGCAACGCUUACACGGGUUACUGCUUCUGCGUCGAUCCGAUGACUGGCAAGCAGAUUGGCGAGAAAACGAUGGGAGAAGCGAAGUGUGAAUAGCUUCAACUGUCGCUGGAAAGUUAACUGAUCAGAACUGUAACUGUUAAAUUGAAAAUAAACAUGAAGCUCUGCUCUUCAAAAGGCAGAAUUAA